AUGCUAAUGGACGUAGAAGAGCCCGACAUCCCGCCUAGCGCGCCCAUUCACACGGGCGAGGUGCAGCCUGCGACGAGCCGUCGUCUCCCCUCCAUCUCGGCUCUCCUCAACGCAGCAGACUCGCCUCCCUUGGGAGCGACCCCGGAAUCGACGCAAACCUUUCUCUCUCAGAACGGCUCUAGCCGAGGAGAACAGUCGUCUGCGCUGCCUCCUUCGCCCCGGUUCAAGGCAAACUACUCCGAGCAGUAUCCGACGGUGCACUCGUCGUCUACUGCAGCAGCGACAGAGGCAGGCCUCGCCUACUCUGCCCAUCACCCGCCCGAUGCUCCUUCUCCUCCACCUGCGCGCCAACUCACCACCCUCGAGUUCCCCGACGGCAACGCACUCCGCCCUCUCCCUUCCGGCCUGUCGUCGUUCAGCGGGCGCGGAAGGAGCGCCUCGAUCCCGCACGUCUACGGCUUCGACGAGUCGCGCCAGAGCCGCUUUUCCGGCUUCGCCACCUCGUCAGAACGACACGACGACUCGGCCGGCUCGGCGCUAGCAGAGAGGGACACGGGCAGCGCCGGCGGCCGACCGUCCGGAGACUUUGGACUCAGGUGGUCGCCGACGGAUCCUCGACACGACCCGUCAAGACCGCGCGCGCUGUCCAUCUCAACGGCGGACGAGUACCGCACGCGGUCGUGGUUGCCUGGCGCGCCUCAUGCCACGUCUCGCGAGCGAGAAGGUCGUUACGGCACGGCAGACUCGGCCGCGAGUCUACCCUCUCGCGCUCCGCCCUACUACCCGCCUCAAGCCGGCCCUUCAUCCACCUACCCAGCCGAACCCUCCCUUCCUCCGCGAUACCCCUACGACGCCUACCGACGCUCCUCACUCGUCAAUGCGCCCUUCACCAACCCCUAUCCGCCCUACUCCUCGCCUCCCGCCCCUCCUCCGCACAUGCCCCUCUCGAUUCCCUCAGGUCUUCCCGGCGCAGGUACCGUCUCGCCGCCCUCGGCAGGUCCAAGCACGUCUACCUUCCCGCCUUCCGUCUACUCGCCCGUCGGCCCGCCACCCCAGUCGAGCUGGACUCCUCCCGCCCCUGCUCCGCCUCCACCUCCCGCACCCGCUCCCCUCAACGACGAUCCCGCCUCGACUUCCGACGCACAAAACACCACCGAACCGACCGGCGACGUAGGCCGCUACGGAUGUCCGCACUGCCCCAAGCGCUUCGCCCGCCCUUCCUCGCUCCGCAUCCACAUGCACUCGCACACGGGCGAGAAGCCCUUCACCUGUCCCUUGUGCGAUCGGGCCUUCUCAGUCCAGUCCAAUCUUCGCCGACACCUCAAGAUCCACAAGGGCGGCGAGGCGAAAGUCGGUCCGUCCCGUCGCGCGGGUCACUCCUCGUCGACUGCAGCCGCUACUCCAGCAACAAGCUCGUCGCGCUCGGCCGUACCGUCUGUACUGGCGGAAGCGGAAGAAGACGAGGCGAUGGGGACGCAGCCGCCUUCGCGACCGGCUUCUGCGGAGGGCUACAGCGGAGGGACGGACGGCGAUGCAGACGCUGAUGAAGGAGACGCUGAGGGGUCUGUCGUCAGCGCGUCGACGACCUCGGCGCCGGGCGAGUCGAGCGUACCCGCCCCGACACAUCCUCAGCAAGACGAAGGACCGCCUCGUCCGCUGGUGCGGACCGAGUGGCCUCGUCCGCGCGAGCAGGCCGACUAA